GAGGUCGAGCACACUCUUGUCAUUGUCACAUGAUACCCCGGACUUUACCAUGAGGAGGAGAGAAUGGGGUGUUGGAGACAUGUGAAAGCAUGCGGUGCACGGUGCGCAGAUCCCCACACAUGACCAACUGCCGUCGGGGCCGAGGUAAAUCGUCAUUAUCAACAGCUCGGCUGCUUUCAUGAGACACGUCCGGGUCAGAUCGAGAAUGACCUUAGUUUGAACAUCCGUCACGCUGCAAGCCACCUAUCCUCUCAUCUUCACUUUUCAUAUCCUGCACUUUACCAACGUGGGAUCUUUGCUGAUACCCAUUUGACAUUUGACACUCUUGUUGCUUGCUUGUAUCGGACAUUCCUCGAGCGCAACUUCUCUCUACCAACAAACAAGGAGGCAGCCUCGUCACAAAAGCGUACCAAACACAUCAUGGCUGCGCAGGAGCUGCGAUACGACGGCCAGACCGUUGUGGUAACGGGUGCUGGUGGUGGUCUGGGUCGCGAAUAUGCUGUCUUCUUUGGCAGCCGCGGCGCGAACGUGGUUGUAAACGACCUGGGCGGAAGCUUCAAGGGCGAAGGACAGGGCUCAGCGGCUGCAGACAAGGUCGUCGAUGAGAUCCGCUCCGCUGGCGGCAAGGCCGUCGCCAACUACGAUUCGGUCGAGAACGGAGAGGCCAUCAUCAAGACGGCCGUCGACACAUUCGGACGUAUUGAUAUCCUCAUCAACAACGCCGGUAUCUUGCGAGAUGUCAGCUUCAAGAACAUGAAACAGGCGGACUGGGAUCUGAUCUACCGCGUCCAUGUCUACGGAGCAUACAAGUGCGCACAUGCCGCAUGGCCCUACUUCAGGAAACAGAAGUACGGAAGGUUGAUCAGCACUGCGUCUGCUGCCGGUCUUUUCGGAUCUUUCGGACAGACAAACUACUCCGCCGCCAAACUCGCUCUCGUUGGCUUCACCGAGACGCUCGCCAAGGAGGGCUUGAAGUACAACAUCCUCUGCAAUGUUGUCGCCCCAAUCGCCGCUAGCCGAAUGACUGAAACCGUCAUGCCUCCCGAUGUCCUCGAGAAAAUGAAGCCCGAAUGGAUCGUUCCCCUCGUUGCCGUCCUCACACACAAAUCCUCUACUGAGACAGGCGCCAUCUUCGAGGCGGGCGCCGGCCACGUAGCUAAGCUGCGAUGGGAACGAGCCUCUGGCGCUCUGCUCAAGGCCGACGACUCCCUCACACCCGAGGCUGUCGCUGCCAAAUGGAAGGACGUUGUCGACUUCUCCAAGCCUGAGCACCCGCAAGGUCCAGCCAACGCCCUUGAACUGCUUGAGAAGGCCAACCAACUGCCUUCCAACCCCAAGGGCGAGCCGAUUGACUUCAAGGGUAAGGUUGCUCUUGUCACUGGUGGAGGUGCCGGUCUGGGUCGCAUCUACUGCUUGCAGCUGGCCAAGCGCGGUGCCAAGGUUGUUGUAAACGACCUCGUAAACCCUGACAACACUGUUCAGGAGAUCCAAAAACUUGGUGGAGAGGCCGUUGGCAACAAGGGCGAUGUCCAGGACGGCGAGUCUGUUAUCAAGACCGCGAUUGAGAAGUACGGUCGCAUCGACAUCCUGAUUAACAACGCCGGAAUCCUCCGCGACAAGGCAUUCGCCAACAUGACCGACGAGCAGUGGGACAUCAUUCACAAGGUUCACUUGUUCGGUACCUACUCUUGCACAAAGGCUGCAUGGCCCUACAUGCUCAAGCAGAAGUACGGUCGUAUCCUCAACACCACCUCCACCAGCGGUAUCUACGGUAACUUUGGCCAGGCCAACUACGCUUCAGCCAAGUGCGGUAUCCUCGGUUUCUCAAAGUCCCUCGCGCUUGAGGGCAAGAAGAACAACAUCUUCGUCAACACUGUUGCUCCCAAUGCUGGCACUCAGAUGACCCGCAGCAUCAUGCCCGAGGAGGUUGUUCAGGCACUCAAGCCUGACUACAACGCUCCUCUGGUCAUUCUCCUUGUCUCUGACAAAGCCCCUGAGCCAACUGGCGGCCUCUAUGAGAUGGGUUCCGGAUGGUUCGCUGCGACUAGGUGGCAACGAACUGGUGGACACGGCUUCCCUGUGGACGUAAAGCUCACUCCUGAGGCUGUCGCCUCCCAAUGGGAACGUAUCACCAACUUCGAUGAUGGCCGUGCUGACCACCCCUUCGACAACGCCAGCGGUCUCAAGUCCAUCAUGGCCAACAUGGAGAACACCAGUAAGAAGAACAAGAAGGAGAAGAAGCCAACAAAGAGUAACGAGGAGGUUCUCGAGGCUCAGAAGAAGGCUCUGGCUGCUAAACCCCAGGGCACGCCUUUCGAGUACACUGAGAGGGACGUCAUUCUCUACAACCUCGGAAUUGGCGCUAAGCGCACCGACCUUCCUUUCGUCUACGAAGGUGACGAGAACUUCCAAGUAAUCCCCACAUUCGGUGUUGUACCACCUUUCAACGCUGAGCCUCCCUUCUCCUUUGAUGAGAUCGUCCCCAACUUCGACCCUCGUAUGCUCCUUCACGGCGAGCAGUUCCUCGAGAUCCGAAAGUUCCCUAUUCCCACUGAAGCCAAGCUUGUCGCUGUGCCCAAGCUCGUGGAGGUUGUGGACAAGGGUGCCGCUGGACUGGUUGUGUACGGUAGCGUCACCAAGGAUGCAAAGACCGGCGAGGAGAUCUUCUACAACGAGAGCACAGUAUUCAUCCGUGGCUCUGGUAACUUUGGUGGCCAGAAGAAGGGUGGUGACCGUGGUGCUGCCACAAAGGUUCACAAGCCACCGCAACGCGCACCAGACACUGUUGUCGAGGAGCGCACAACUGAGGAGCAAGCGGCUAUCUACCGUCUCUCUGGCGAUCUAAACCCACUCCACAUCGACCCAUCAUUCAGCAAAGCUGGUGGAUUCCCAACACCUAUUCUGCACGGUCUGUGCAGCUUUGGUAUCUCGGGUAAGCACGUACUACAAACCUAUGGCCCCUUCAAGAACAUCAAGGUCAGGUUUGCGGGUGUUGUGCUGCCAGGUCAGACAUUGAUCACUGAGAUGUGGAAGGUAGGGAACACAGUCAUGUUCCAGACCAAGGUUAAGGAGACGGGUAAGCUAGCCAUCAGUGGGGCUGGUGCUGAGUUGAUGGGCGGUGGUAGCAAGUUGUAG